AAACUAGCUACUUCACCUAAUAGGUACUGAUUUGUUUAUUUUAUUUUCAGGAUCUUUGUGAACCGAAGUUUGCAUCUAGAAAAUAUCAAGUUCUAUGGCUUCGAUAUGGAUUACACCUUGGCAGAAUAUAAAUCACCGCAAUAUGAAAGGCUUGGCUUUGAUCUGGUUAAAGAACGUAUGGUUUCGAUUGGAUACCCUCAAGAAAUUAGAGAAUUUGAAUACGAUCCAUCAUUUCCCGUUAGAGGUCUUUGGUUUGACACUCAUUACGGAAACUUAUUAAAAGUAGAUGCUUACGGUAACAUUUUAGUAUGCGUUCACGGAUUUAAGUUUUUAAAACAUUACCAAGUUUAUGAACUAUAUCCGAACAAAUUUUUAACCCUCGAUGAGUCGAGGGUGUACGUUUUAAACACAUUAUUCAAUCUACCCGAGACUUACUUAUUGGCAUGUUUAGUAGAUUUCUUUACUAAUUCACCGCAAUACACUGAAACACCAAAAGGAGUUAAAUGUGGGGAGUUGUUUAUGUCUUUCGAGUCUAUCUUUCAGGAUGUUAGAAGUGCCGUCGAUUGGGUUCAUGAUAAGGGUAAUUUAAAGAAUUGUACAACCGAAAAUUUUGACGAAUACGUGAAGAAGGACGAACGACUUCCGAUGUUCUUGACCAGGUUACGACAAAGUGGAGCAAAAACCUUUCUUCUAACAAACAGCGAUUAUACGUUCACAAAUAACAUCAUGACAUAUUUGUUCGAUUUUCCACAUGGACCUCGGCCAGAAGAUCCUCACAGGAGCUGGAAAACCUAUUUUGACAUAAUUGUCGUCGACGCCAGAAAACCUUUGUUCUUUGGUGAAGGUACAAUUUUGAGGCAGGUUGAUACAAACACCGGCGCUUUGAAGGUUGGUAUCCAUACCGGACCAUUUCAAAAAGAUCACGUCUACUCUGGAGGCUCGUGCGAUGUCUUUACCGAAUUUAUCGGCGCAAAAGGAAAGGAUGUUCUCUACGUUGGUGAUCAUAUUUUCGGUGACAUUUUGAAGAGCAAAAAAAUUCGUGGAUGGCGAACAUUUUUAAUUAUACCAGAAUUGGUACGAGAGUUGCACGUGUGGACUGAUAGAUGUCAAUUGUUUGACGAAUUACAAACUCUUGAUGUUGAACUAGGUGACAUGUAUAAAAAUUUAGAUAGUAGCACCACCGAGAAGCCAGAUAUUUCAAAACUAAGGUCCGCCAUUCGAGAUGUUACACACAAAAUGGAUAUGUCUUAUGGAAUGAUGGGAAGCUUAUUUAGAUCUGGAUCACGACAAACCUUUUUCUCUUCCCAGGUGGUUCGGUAUGCAGAUUUGUAUGCAGCGACACAUCUCAAUUUAAUUUACUACCCAUUCUCAUACAUGUUUCGUGCCCCAGCAAUGUUGUUGCCCCACGAAUCGACAGUAGCGCACGAACAGCGAUUUGUGAUGGAAGCGCCCUUACCUCGAUCACGUAAAUUCAAUAACGCGCCAAGUGCUGAUGAUGCUCCCGUAGCGUACAAUUCUCAUGUGAUGAAGGUCCUCAAUCGAUCAAAUAGUCAGGUCCCUCAUGUACGGCCAGAGACGCCGGUUUCUGUAACACACUGUCAUGAUGAAGAUUUUGAUGAUGACACCGACGAGUCAUCGCCACAGAGAAAAGCACGUACAGUUAUUAAACAAUAGACGUUUUUAAUCAUGAUUUGUUACAGUAACCCUUUCUAAUUCGCCGAUAUAAAUAGUUAUAGAAAUAAUAAAUAAUUUGGAAAGCCGCCAGUUUCUCGCCUGUACUUUCAGAUUUGUCAAUUGCACAAAUUGUGUAGGGUUUGUAUAGUUCGGAGCUGAAUAUAAUAGUGCAUAACAGUUUGCUCAAAGAGUUCCAUGCCUUAGAAAAUCGUUUUUUGUAUAAAACAAUGAAUGUAUAUUAAGCAUUUAGUGUUGUUUAUAGUACUGUUUAAGCUAAGUUAUUUUUUGUGUUUUUUUAGUGUUUUUGUACAAUACAUUAUAACUGUUUU